GAGUAUCCGUAGUCUUGUGUUUACAUGUGUAGUCAGUUAUGUUAGCUAGGAGUAAGCACACAUUUUGCAGGUUUGCUGCAAAAAGUACCAUUUAACUUUAUGCUGAAAACAAAUGCUGGACUUUUUGUUUUUAAUUCUCUACCAAGCUAGCCUUUCAGUUUGCUAGCGACGUUACUAGCUAACUUGAAUUAGACGUGUUUUAACAGAUGACAGGAACUAGUUAGCUAAAGGUAGCUAGCUAGCUAGUAAUAAAAGACUGAAUGCUAUGGCCUGGUCACUCGUGAGUUAACUAUCUUUACUCCAAAUGCUAUGUAGCUAGCUAACGUUAGCUGGUUAGUCUCAUUUAGGUUGUCCUGCUCAGACUUCACUUCUUAAAUCUAUUAGAGGGAUUUGCCUGCUUCACAGAAAGCUUGCAGUCCGAGAACAUCAAUGUGCAAACUGCACGAAGCCCCACGCUAAAUUUGACAAAGGAAGCUUAUCAAAACGGUUUCUACUUUUCUGUAUUUACCUCAAGGUCAGGUAACUUCUUUGGAAUGCAGUCGGUCACUGGGACUGAUUAUGCUCGAGACGAGUAGCAAGGAACAUGACAACGACCUCUUGCUGUCACCUGCACAUGAUCCAUCGACUGAUAUAGUUGCUGCUGAGGAAAGUCAAUUGCAUUGCAAUGUGAAGGAGCUCAUCGCCCCUGUUACCAAGCCAGAGGCCAAUUUGAAGAAGAAGCGAAAGAGAGGCAACUGCUGGAACUGGCUGGCCAGAGAGUGAAUGGCAUGCUCUACUUGUGCAGAUCAGUGCAGGCCCUGGUGAUGCAGAGGGACUCCAGACUCACUCGGGCUCUGGUGCCUGUAGCCAGUCUCCACAUCACGCUGCUGGUGACCCACUUGGCCAGUCAAGAGGAAGUAAACUUGGCAAUGUGUGCAGUGGCCCAGAUGAAGGCAUCACUGCAGGACCUGCUGCGGGGGCGAGAGUUCAUCCUGCCCUUCCACAGCAUCGGACACUUCAGGAAGGUGAUGUUUUGUAGAGUUGGCCCAGGGAGAGAACCUUGUCAAACUGGUCCAGAUCGCAGGUCUUGUGAGGAAAACGUUUGAGGAGAAAUGCAUCUCGUCUGGUGACCGCAAAGCCUUCAAGCCUCACCUUACCUUCAUGAAGCUGUCCAAAACUCCUCCUCUACACAGUCAGGGUUUAAAGAAGCUGUACUCCGACUACGCUCGUCACCACUUUGGAAACGAGAGGGUGUUCAGACUGGCCCUCUGCUCAAUGGUGAAGAAAAAGACCCCGGAUGGAUUCUACCACCGAGAUCUUUUUCAGAGCGGGCCUCGGGCUGCUCGGACAAGUGUCAAGAGGGGUCCGGAGCCUGACGAUGAAGAGCUUGUGAGCCUGAGUAAGAGGCUGGUGGAAGACGCCGUGCUGCUGGCCGUGCAGCAGUUCAUGGACGAGACUCAACACAACGGGGCCGCGUCAUCUGACCCGGCGCGGCCCUCAGACAACCUCAACACUAACGCUGUCAAAACAACCGACACCAGCACCAGCAGCAAGUGACCACAGCCAAUUCCCCCAGGAAGCACUGGACACUUACCAGUCAGGCAGUCAGCCAGCCAACCGGCCCAGGAGCCAAUGGGCAGUCCUGUUACUGGAUCAAGCCCAUUUGAGGUGUUUUACUAGAGAAGGAAGAAAGGUUUUGUGGCAAAACUCUGGAUUGAGUGUGGAAUCCAUAUGCAGUUUUAUGUGUACUUGAUUUUGUGUACCUGAUUGUCACCAAUGAUCAAGGCAGCCUCGCGCCACACAAUCCCUCCUGUCAUGUCUGUCAGUCCAUCUGUCUAGUGUGGACCUUUGUUCAUUCUUGAUUUAUCUGUGCCCUGGGAGAAAGAGUUGGCCUUCUGAAGGAAAUUUCUGUUCUGAUUAAUAUGCUAUGUGAGGUGUGGGUCGUUCCAAUGCUCAGAGUGGAGCUGACAUGUCACGACACACACUACAGACUGAUCUUGGUUAGGUUAGGCUGUACCUCUCGGCCCUCCAAGGUGCAGUCAGUACAAAGACAUUCACUGUCUUUCUACUAAGCUAAAACAAAACAGCACUACAAAAGGAACUGCAACUCAAAAACCUGAGACAUGGGAAAAUGAACUCAUCUGUGCAGCUGGAGAAUAUGCUGUGAACUAUGUUUACAUGAUCCUGUCUCAUCUGUGCUGUAUGUGGCUAAAACUUGAAAAGGUAAAUGAAGAGUGGGUCCCAUGUGCUACCUGUGGUAAAAUAUGCAUGUUAAAAUAUGAGAACUAGGUUGACCUACCAGAAAUGAGGAUCAUGUUAGGUUCGUGUUUGUUUGUUUGUCCCCUGUAGGAGGGGCUGGUGAUGCAGCAGGCCUGGUUAGGAAGGCCCGGUGCAAACACAAUCAUUCUUUGUCUCAGAACCUACAGGACAUAAAGGAGCAUCUAUCCCAGCCGGCUGUCCAAGCUAGCAUCCGCCAGGAGAUCCCUGGCACCUGACUGACUGAACACUCCCAGCUCCCACCAGCAGUGCGGAGACCGCACCAAGGAACUACAGAUACUGUAGUAGGCUAGUGUACUACACACAGUAGAUAGAUACAGUGCAUUUGGAAAGUAUUCAGACCCAUUGACUUUUUUCCAUAUUUUGUUACGUUACAGCCUUAUUCUAAAAUGGAUUGAAUGUUUUUUUCUUCAUCAAUCUACACACAUGGGCUAUUGUGACAAAGCAAAAACUUGUUUUUUUACUUUUUGCAAUUUUAUAAAGAAUUAUAUUAACUAAAAUAUCAUAUUUACAUUAGUGUUCAGACCCUUUACUCAGUAAUUUGUUGAAGCACCUUUGGCAGUGAUAACAGCAUCGAGUCUUCUUGGGUAUGACGCUACAAGCUUGGCAUGCCUGUAUU